AUGUCUAAAACAACAAGAAGUACACGUCCUGUAACUCGAGCAUAUGCUGCACAACAUCAGAUAAAAAUUGAUCCAUUGCCUCCUGCUAGUUAUCAUCCUGAACCGAACCGACGUCGCUCGCAAAAUAGAAAUAACAAACGUAUAACUUUAAAUUCUACUCAAAGGAGACAAUCGACACGCAAACAACGAGGUGCUUCUUCCCAACAAUCUAGACGUCGAAAUCAGCAACGAAAAACGACUCUAGCACAAAUAGAAGAAGAAUCUUCCUCACCUCAACAAGAAGAAGAACUUGAAAUUCGAGAUAGGCAAUUGAUUCCUUAUUAUAAUCGUGAAGAAUCGAGACAACAAAUAUUUUCACCUCAAUAUUUACAAAUAAUACCUGAAUCUGAAUCAUCACCAUAUCGAUUGCAUGAAAAUGAUCCAAUCAUUACAUCUGCUACAGGUGUUAGUCAUGAUUCAUGGUUUAACUAUUAUGAUAGCCCCGAUCUCACCGGUCAAAAUCCCGAAGAGUUUGAUUCAUAUUCAAGUGAUACCCCACAAUCACAAUUGCCAGAUUUCCUGUCAACAAGUACGCAACCUACACGAGAUGAUGAAGGAAUUGAGAUGGAAUUUCAACAAGAGCAGCCAAUGCGACGAUCAGCAGAACAUUCAGGAGGACUUGUUAGGUAUAACGCAUUUUAUUAUGAAGAUGACUAUGGUCAACAAAUGACUCGAUCUCAAAGACGACAACCAGUAUCUGCAUUUGUUGAUGUAGAUGGAUCUUUAAUCCGGAAUUCAACGAGUUAUUCUCAAACAGAUAACGUUCGUAGGAACAGGCAACAAAAUAAUUCUUAUCAACCAAAUGGUACUAUUUGUAAUUUUUUUCCUUUAAAUAAAUGA